CACAAUAAUGGUAUCAGACAUGCCUUCCAUCCUACAAACAAACCAAGCUGUCAAACGCUAACAUUUGUGUAAUGUAUUUGUAUAAUGGAACAUGCAAAUCAAAGCCUUAUUAAUCCAUUUUAACAAUUUUAUUUCACGUAACAGUGGUAAAAGCCAAAGUACAAAGUGCUUCAGCUUAAUAUUGGAAUAAAUAGGAAGAUUCCAGUUUAAACCUCUGUUUUAAUUAUUGAACAGCUCUCAAAAUUAAAUCACUGACCUUUGAGAAUUUAGUGACCAAACAAGUGCUUGUCCUCAAGGCACAUAUUUGGAGUGUGCAUUCCUUUACAGGAAGCUUUUAUACUCUGGUUAAGGAUGCCCAAGAACACUGCAAGUACACAGUGAAUGAGCCAAAAUCAUAUAACCUAUCUAAAGAAUGAAAAGCUGGAUUAUACUGCUGGCUAUUGUAGUCAGCACAGCAAAACCACAAAACCAGGACAUCUGUACCCAAGGGUAUCCUGGCAUCCCUGGCAAUCCUGGGCACAAUGGCAUACCUGGUCGUGAUGGACGUGACGGUUCAAAAGGCGACAAGGGAGAUACAGGUGAAGCAGGACUUCCUGGCAGUCCAGGAAAAGAUGGUGCAAAUGGAGAGAAAGGCGAACGAGGGGCCAAUGGGACUGUUGAAGAGAAGGGGAACAAAGGAGAUAAAGGAGAAAGAGGACGACCUGGGAAACUGGGACCAAAAGGAAUUAUAGGGUCAGUGGGUUACAAAGGUCAGAAGGGAGAGCUGGGACUGCAAGGACACAAGGGGUUAAAAGGAGACAUUGGGCCCAUAGGUCCAAAAGGGACAAAGGGUGAAAUUGGCCAUCCUGGAAGAGUUGGUUUCCCAGGGCCAAUUGGCCUGACAGGUAAUCCAGGUCCUAAAGGUAAUACUGGAGAUCUGGGGCCACAGGGUAAUCCAGGAGUUCAGGGGGAAAGAGGCUUGAAAGGAGACAGAGGAGAUAAGGGGAACGUAGGUGCCCCAGCAGUCCUGCCAAAGAGUGCUUUCAGUGUCGGCCUUACAAUCGCCACCAAAUUUCCCCCCCCGAAUCGCCCAAUCAAGUUUGACAAGGUGCUGUAUAAUAGUCUAAAUGACUACAACUCAGUUACUGGCAAAUUCACCUGCAAAUACCCUGGUGUUUACUACUUCACCUACCACAUCACUGUCUACUCAAGGAACGUCCGAGUAGCUCUAGUUAAAAAUGGCAUCAAGAUGCUGCACACGGUGGACAGAUACCAGAGUGGAGAGGACCAGGCCUCGGGAGCCGCCAUCCUUGAGCUACAGGGAGGAGAUGAGGUGUGGCUGCAGGCUCACCAAGGAGAGACCUUCAACGGGCUGUUUGCAGAUGCGGAUGAUGAUACGACCUUCUCUGGGUUCCUCCUGUUCAGCACCUCUGACCCGCUGGAGCCGCUGCCAUCGCCCGACACGUUAACUCCACGUUAUCCAUGAAUGCUGUAUGUCCGUGUCCUUCAGCCCUCUCUAAUAAAGUGGUUAUCUGCUGGGCAAUUUCUACUGGAUUCAAUAGAAAACAGAAAUCAUCCAGGGAGGUACGCCGAGGGCUGAAAGGGAGAUGUAGGACUGCAGGGCAGGUUGGGACCAGCUAGGCAUCUCCCUAAAAGUUGAGUAAUUUUUUUUUUUUUUUUUUUACUGAAGUCAUCACAGUGGGAAGGUGUAGGAUCACACUACUUGUAUGUAUCUGUAGGAAACCAGGCCUCAUUAUGCACACAACUGCUCAUUGCACAACUUACUGCGCUGAAGUUUUCAUUACCAGCUGCUAAAACAGAGCUCAAGGUUUCAGAGCCAUACUCAGAAGAGUUUGAAUUGAAUGCUGCCUUGUCCCAGUCGCAAGGUACUGGGUAUAUAUUUAUUAAGCUGUCCUAAUCUACUGUUGUCAGCUUUGUUUUUUAAAACUCAAAAUGAAAAAAAUUCCUAAUACGCAUAAACAGUUUUCACGGCUGCAGUUGCAGGACAGUUGGUUUCAGGAAUGGCUUCUGCACAAGAGAGGACAACUUUUAAGAAUCUAUAGUGCUGGCCUUGACACAUUACUGGUUUGGUGACUUACUGUAGCUAUACAGGGGUGCAUACACCAGUUCUGAAGGACAAUUG